AUGCCUGCUACUGAAAGAUUAAAUCAAACUUCCGAUAUCCUCUCGGAAUCGCUCAAGAAAGUUGAAGUGCCAUUCAAGGUGACGGUGAUCGGCUCCGGUAACUGGGGUACCACCAUCUCCAAGGUGGUGGCAGAAAACGCCGCUCUAAGACCUCAAUUGUUCGUCAAGCGUGUGGACAUGUGGGUUUUCGAGGAAACCGUGGAGGGCCAAAAACUUACCGAGAUCAUCAACACCAAGCAUCAGAACGUCAAGUAUCUACCCAACAUCGACCUUCCUGAAAACUUGGUGGCCAACCCAGACCUACUGGACUCGGUCAAGGACGCUGACAUCAUCAUUUUCAACAUUCCUCACCAGUUCUUGCCACGCAUUGUGUCGCAGCUCGACGGUAAGGUCAAGAAGACUGCACGUGCCAUCUCUUGUUUGAAGGGAUUCGACGUUUCCAAGGAAGGUGUCAAGUUGUUGUCCACUUACAUUGAGGAGAAACUCGGCAUCGUGUGCGGUGCUUUGUCCGGUGCCAACCUGGCUCCAGAAGUGGCUAAGGAAAACUGGUCCGAAACCACUGUUGCGUACGAGCUCCCAGAAGAUUUCAAGGGCGAAGGCAAGGACGUCGACCACGGCGUGCUUAAGGCCUUGUUCCACAGACCAUACUUCCACGUCAACGUCAUCAACGAUGUUGCCGGUAUUUCUGUCGCUGGUGCCUUGAAGAAUGUGGUCGCUUUGGGCUGCGGUUUCGUCGAGGGUCUAGGCUGGGGUAACAACGCUUCCGCUGCCAUCCAAAGAGUUGGUCUCAGCGAAAUCAUUAAGUUCGGUCAAUUGUUCUUCCCUCACUCUCGUGUGCAAACCUACUACCAGGAGUCCGCCGGUGUAGCUGACUUGAUUACCACCUGCUCUGGUGGUAGAAACGUCAGGGUCGCUACUGCCAUGGCCAAGACUGGUAAGUCUGCCGAGGAAUGUGAGAAGGAGCUAUUGAACGGCCAAUCCGCUCAAGGUAUCCACACCGCUAAGGAAGUGCACGAGUGGUUGUUCGCUAGUGGUAAGACUGAAGAGUUCCCUCUGUUCGAAGCCGUCUACCAGAUCGUUUACGAGAAUGCCUCUAUGGAUUCUUUGCCGGACAUGAUCGAAGACUUGCAAGGUAUCAACACCCCUGCUGCUUAA